AUGGUUUAUGAAUUCGUCCAUAAUUUCGCCCAUGUCCUGGAAAUUGAUCCUUCCAUUAUUCCAUCAUUGGGUGUUCUCUGUGCUGGCCUCGUUGGUGACGCGAAACAUCUGGAGGAAGUGGUCCAACUCACUCUUGCCCUAUUUCGCCUUUCUUUGGAGUAUCCUGGAUUACCCUUGGGAAAACGUGGGCGAACUCGUCUCGGUCAAACCAUCUCUGAGGUAGGAGUGAACAAAGAGAACUACUCCGAGUUGAUGCGAUUGUUCCUAUCCACAAGGGAUUCACAAGGGCAGAAGGUUAGCUAAAU